GGGGACUUUCCGGAUGUAAACACGGAAGUGGCCUGAUACUCCCUGGAAAAAAUGGAAAAUGAGGCAAUUUCAGUGGUUAAUUCUCCAGCCAAGUCGAAACAAACGUCAAGUUUUCUGCUGUCAAUCGUGAGGACUCUUUCUUCAAGUGCUGACUUUGAGCAGCGGGAACAGGAAAAGAAACGCAUAGAAAAGGCCUUCAAAGAAAGUGAUAAGAAAUUAGGAGAUCUAGUCAAAGAAAAUUAUCAAGAUUUGACAUCAAUCUUGAAAACAUUCAGUGACAUCAGUGAUAACGUUAAUGAAUCUCGUGAGAAAAUCAAGCACAUUAAGGAAGAUCUGAGUAGCUGUAAAACGCUGCUACACUGUAAGAGAGAUGAGCUGAGGAAACUGUGGAUUGAUGGGGUGGAGCAGAAAACAAUUGCAGCCCUACUUGACCAGAUAGAACAGGUGAAAAAUGUUCCAGAAAAGCUUGACAACCAUCUGGCGAAGAAGGAAUAUCUCCAGGCUACAAACUGUAUUGUUGGGGCAGUUACAAAGCUGGAAAGUAACCUGUCCCACGUUGAGGCACUGAGAGACCUGAAGGUGGAAAUACAUGCAAGAAAAGAGAGGAUGCAUGAGAUUUUAAUUGAGGAACUAAACCGUCAGAUCUACACAGUGUCAUCCCAGGCAGUGGUGGGACGGGCGGGGUCCGGUCGACGGGGCGAGAUGUCAUCCAGGGGCAUGGUUGAGAGCACCCUUAAUAGAGACAGUAGCCUGGCAGAAGGGGCCAGUGUGGACCCUGAAGAAGACCCUCAGAGGUUUAUAUCUGUACUGCUUGAGUCACUCUUCAUUCUGCGUAAAGUACCUGAGGCGGCUGAGGCCAUCAAGAUGCGGAUGCACCCAGAGCUUAUCGCUAUAGUGGCUCGAGCCUCUCACCAGGUCGUGGACAGCACUGGCGGGCAAGGUGAAAAUCUGAUGACCCAGUUUUUGCCUCGGCAACUUGGCGAUCUUCUGGAACUCAUCUUCCGACAGUUCCGAGCCGUGGCUGAAAUACACAAAGUUGUCCUACUAAAUCUUCAGAAAAUUAUUGAAGAAAAAAGCGAGAAUUCUGGCGUGUACAUCAGGCCUGAACACAUGUACACGAUGAAAGAUGUGUGGUCCAAGAUUCAGGCUGUGAUCCAGUUGUUGCUGAAUGAAUAUCUGGAUAUUCGGAACACAGAAAAAUCUCGUCAGACGGCCCCCAGCUCCUUUGAUGACCCCAACACAGACAUUGGCGUGUAUUUUGCAAAGAAACGCCGGGAGAAACCUAAGAAGGUCUCGCUGUUCCGAUUUGACGCAUCUAUUCACGCUCUCAGUACCAACAGCUAUGUAGAAGACACGCGGCAGUUUGAUAGUGAGCUGUUUGGGGGAGGAAACAUUCAUGUGGAUGCUCCGAAGCAUGUGUUUGUGUGUAAACCAUCUGUGGAUAAUAUCAAAGCAAUUUACAAAAACUUGCAGGCAUUUAUCAGAGAAAUAGAAUCAUCUUCAGGGCUAUCGCCAGGGACUUCAAGCCUUCAUGAGUUUCUGACUGAAUUUGUGGAGAAAAUCUACCUGGGUCAUGUUCACUAUGUGGUGUCCAACAACAUUGAUAUUGCUACAAAAGUUGAUGAAGAGGAAGAAAGUUUUGAUGCUCUCCGCAAUGUGAUUGACCACAAAACUCAGAAAGAACUUGGUGUACCAAGACCUUUACUGCAGAGUACUGUGACUGUAGAUAAGAGUGUUUUGGAGCUGAAAGAACUUAUGACUGAACUGCCGGACUAUGCUGACCAUUUCCUCAACAUGAUUUGUAACGUCCUUCGGGGAUAUAGGGAUACAUGUCACAAUGCAUAUAGAGGUAUCGUACAGUAUGAUGCCGAUGAGAAGCGAGUGAUCAGUGCCACAUGGGCUAAAGAUGAAGAUAUAAGCCGAUUCCUCAGAUCAUUACCAAGCUGGCGGUCCCUCCAGCCAUCAGACGGUCAUGAGCUGAACAGAACAGUGUGUUCAGAGGAGGAGAUGCGCGCCUUAAACUCCAAGGAAGCCGUUAUCUUGAUAACAAACCUCUCGUUUGAGGAGGCAUUCAUUCCGCAGCAUGAGAUAAUCACAGAUGUUACUCAGAUGCGAACAGUGGCUAAUGUGCACGAGAGUUUGGAGUGGUUUGCUUAUCGGUUAAAGAACUUCUCUGUGACAAAGAUGAGUCAGGCCAGUCAACAGGCUAGUCCACAUCUGACUGUGGAGUCUCCUUUUUAUGAUAGUGCUCCAACAGUUUCACACAAGACCUUAGAGUCUCUGAAUGGUCUUGUGAAGGAUUUCCAGGACCUGGCAGAGAUCUGCCUACUGUUGCUUCACCUGGAGGUCCGAGUACACUGUUUCUACUAUCUUCUGCCAGUUGCCAAACAGUCGAACUAUGCUGGACCCAUAGACGAUCUCGACCCAGAUUCCAAUGUGCUGAAGUUGAAUAAAGACCUGUCUAGCAUGGAGGAGGUCCUUUCACAGAGUCUACAGCCUAACAAGUUCAAGUAUAUUUUUGAAAGCCUUGGUUUUCUGGUGGCGUCAAUACUCAUGAACAGCAUGCAGUUCAUCAAGAAAAUCAACGAAAAUGGUAUUAAGAAAAUGUGUCGUAACCUGUUUGCGAUCCAACAGAAUCUGACCAACAUUACGAUGUCACGGGAGUCUGAUCUCGACCAUGCCCGACAGUAUUACGAGCUGCUAUACUUGAACCCUGAUAAAAUCUUGACGGGUAUAGGUGAGAAGGGUGCCCAGUUUGUGCUGGCAGAAUACACGCAACUUCUGCAGCUAUAUCACCGCAGUCACUACACGACGGAGCAGGCCGUAAUUGAGGGUCACAUGGCGAGACUUAGAGAUGUGCUGAAAAAGGGACAAAAUGAAUGAAGUGCUUGUGAAAUGUAGUGUAAAUACCAUAUAUGUGCCAAGAUGGUUAAUGAGACCAUAUUAUUGAGAACUGGCCCCAAGCAAAACCCCCUAAAAUUGUACAGUUUACUUUUUUCUUUCAAUAUAGGAGAAAAAAAGUAAUAAAAUAUGCCCAAACGAAGUUCGCCAUUUCGGACUAAAGAUUUUUGAAAAAGAAUUAGUGCAGUAUUCCCAAACCCCUCUACCAACACCUGAAGCCAAAUAUAUUUCAGUUUAGAGGGAAGGGCGCAAGACAGUCAAAAUAGAUAUGCCCCUGAAUUACGCCACCUGUAACGUCAAAUCCUGGAUUGCCCAUGUGGUACGCUGAGAAAAUUUGAUAUUAUUAAGAAUACAUUUGUAUCAAUCAAAUCAUUGAGUAACCUCUGUAAAUGUGCUGUUAAGCUUUUAUCAGGUCUUAGAAUGUUGAUUGCUUGCAGAUUUAGACAGGAUCCAGCACAGCCCCUACAGCAAGCCCUUCAAAUAAAAUUAUGUUGAUCUAAUAGAACAAAAAAAAAUAUGUGUUAAAAAAUCCCAUAUUCAGCAGAUUGCGCAUGAAUCAUUGCAAAACUGGUGGGAAUUCCAGUGUUUCUUUUUGCAUUUUGAUUAGGUCCAAGGCGCUCAGGGCUAGAUUUUUGGCAGAGUUGGUGAUUGUCAAGCUGUACAAGUUGGUUUUCUAAGGGUACUUAAGUUUCUCACACUGCAUGAGACUACAACUGUACACUCUGGUAUAACAUUAUGCCAAGGAAAGUCAUAACUAAUAUCAUGAUACAGUUGUAAAAAAUGUGUGCUGUAAUAUGAGUAAGUUUAAACUAUUUCCAAACCAAUAUUCUUGAUAUAUUUGAUUUGUUAUCGCAUAUGUGCCUAUAUGGGGUGUGUCAGUGUUACUUGGUACAAGUUUAAACAUUUAAUAUUUUACGCAAUUGUGAAGGAAGUUAUGAUUAUUUAUACGGAGUCACUCUCGUUGGCACAAUGUUGCACGAGAGUGUGGGUUUGUGUUGUAGGGGAAACCGGAGAACCCAGAGGAAACCUGCUUGUCUGGCUUAUUGACCACUAACCAAACUUAUCGUACAUGCACCCAGGCUGGGAAUCUAACCUGGGUCGCCUUAAUGAGAAGCCAGUGCCCUAGCCACUGUGCUUACCGGACAACCACUGUCUUUUACAUGUGCUUCCUUACGUCUGUUCGUGUGUUGUGCUUCAAGUGUAAAUGGACAAAGUCCUGUAAUUUUCAAAAACACCAAUUGAAUUAUUUAUUUGAAAAUCUGUCAACUCGAUUUGAAAAAAAGUAUGUGUCAUCUUUAGAAAAAAAAUGUUUGUAAUUUUACAUAUAUUAUGUACAUGUUUUUAUGUAGUACUGCUUUUUCGUGUGCAAUACAAUUGCUUUGUAUUAAUGAUGUGUCAUACAUGUGAACAAUAAAUGUCCAUGUAUUAUC